CAAGAGAAGUUCGCUUCUCUUGAAGUUGAACUUCCUCAUCUUGCGUGACGAGUGAAAUCAUGCAACUGUCACAUUUCCUUUCAUGGUCUCUGUUGUGUCCGGUCCGCACGCAUGUGUCUGCCUGUCUGUCUGUCUGAUGUAGCUCUUUAUGCAAUCAAACUUAAAACAGAAGAAAACACACACACAGAGAGGAAAUCUUCACACGACAGAGAACGACACAGAAUGUGUCGACUGGAGAUAAUCUUUAUGUUUGUGCUUCAGUCUCAAGGCCUCACAGGAGAUUCCGUCAGUCUCUUUCACAGACCUGGACAUGAAGCCCUUCUGCCGUGUGACACCGUGUCAGCUAAUGGUUCGUCGUGCUCCAGAAUACAAUGGUUACACGCAGAUCGACAGCUGCAGACAGUGACUUUGGUCAAGCAAGGAAAUGUAGUGAAGAGCAGCGUUCAAGCUGCCAGGCUGGACCUGAAACCCAACUGUUCUUUGCUCAUCAGCAACGUCACGGCCGAGGACGCCGGUCAAUAUGGUUGUCGACUGGAUGGAGACCCUCAAUCAGAACAAAGUGUGUUUCUGAACAUUUUGACAAUCUCUCUGUUAGAACCGGAUCCUGGACUAAAGAGCAGCGGUGAUGUGACGCUCCAGUGCUCUCUGUUAUCACGCGUCGGUUUCUCCUUUGGGGAGAAGAACCUCCGCUGGUUGGACGAGGCAGGGAACGCACUGUUUGGUGAAAGUGUGGAUCACAGGGACGAGUGUGUCUCUCAUCUGACUGUGAGCCGUCAUCAGAACACGAGGUACACCUGCCAGUUUGUUGACAAGAACAACAAGCUGAAGAUAGAGGGCGACUACCCGCUGGUUUCCAAGGACGCUGCCACAGACGCUGCAGAGUGGUCUCCUCUGAGCUUCGUCAUGUUGACUCUGCGUGUGUCAGUCCUGAUCCUGAUGAUUGUGAUCACGGUUCUCAUCAUCAUCAAAACACGAAAAGAAAAACAGGAUCCAAAAAGCCAAAGAGUGAUGGAAGUGAGCGUGUGAAACCACAAGUGAAAGCCUCCUCGUUGUUGAACCAUCUUUGAAUCUUUUUUUUUCUCUAAACCAAGAAAACCAAAUGUGUCUUAAAUAAUAAAUUGCUGUCCGUCACUGUCA